AUGGCUGUGUCGAAGUUCAGUGAUGUUGACGAAUAUGGAUUCAAGCGGGAACCGGAUUUCGACUACCAGUCGUAUGAAAAUAUCAUGUCCAGCUAUCUAACGGUACUAACGACACGCAGUAUGCGAUGGCAAAAGUUUCUCAAGAGUGCGGACAUGCUAAAGAACCGUUCCAAAUUGAAACGGUUCGUUCGGAAAGGAGUGCCAGGUUCGCUCCGGGAAGAAGUAUGGAUGAAAACGUCCGGUGCGCAUGAACUACAGCAACAGCAACCGAACCUCUAUCAAACUCUGCUUACAUAUGAGUUCGAUCAAGAAAUAUCGGACCAAAUCAAACUCGAUCUCCCAAGAACAUUUCCGGACAAUAUCCAUUUUGAACAGUAUCAAUUAAGUUUGUACAACGUGCUGAUUGCGUUUGCCCACCACAAUCGCACGGUUGGGUACUGUCAGGGCCUAAACUAUAUUGCAGGUUUAUUAUUGUUAGUGACUAAGAAUGAAGUGUCUUCGUUCUGGCUGCUAAAAGUGGUGGUCGAGAACAUCGUACCGCUAUAUCAUACCAAAACGAUGGAAAAUCUCAUCACCGAUAUUGAGGUGCUCAGUGAACUGAUCCGUCAGCGUGCCCCGGAUGUCCAUCGGCACAUCUUCGAUUUGGGACUGCCAUGGCCUGUGAUAGCAACCAAAUGGUUCAUCUGCCUGUACGCUGAAGUACUUCCAACGGAGACCGUGCUGCGGAUAUGGGACUGCCUGUUUCUCGAGGGGAACAAAAUCUUGCUCCGCGUAGGGCUUACGGCAGUGGUGCAGCUGCGACAAGAUUUGUUAGCGACUGAUGAUAUCUCCAAUCUGAUCGGACUGUUCCGUUCGUUGGAAAAAUCGCACGUACUCAUGGACUGUCACGAGUUCAUGAAAAGUAUCUUCAAGGUGCCGGGUAAUUUGCGUCGCUCGCAACUAGAUGCACUUCGGCAGCGGUUCUACAACGAACGGAUGGCCAGCAAGAGUAAAGUUUCCUAG